UGUACGGACGGUCGAAUCUCGAACACCUCCAAGGACGCUUGCCUCGAAUCCUCAAUGGCUGCCGGAACACCGUCAAAGCCGUGGGACGGUACAAAAGAAUGGCUCUCACAACCAGUAGUUGCAUCCUUCAUUGCUGGAGGUAUGGCGGGUGCUGUGUCGCGAACCGUCGUGUCGCCGCUUGAGCGUCUCAAGAUUCUCUUCCAGAUUCAGAGUGUUGGCCGCGAAGAAUAUAAAAUGUCGAUAGGCAAGGCUCUGGGCAAGAUGUGGCGCGAGGAAGGAUUCCGUGGAUUCAUGGCAGGUAACGGCACAAAUUGCAUCCGCAUCGUGCCUUACUCGGCUGUGCAGUUUGGAAGUUACAAUUUCUACAAGCGGGUAUGCAAUGCGCCUUUGGCUCUUGUUCGCCAUCAUGGUCGUAGGCUGACCCAUUCUAGUNUCUUUGAGGACACUCCUGGUGCGCCUCUCGGUGCUCUCCAGCGUCUGUCGUGUGGUGCCAUCGCUGGUAUCACGUCCGUAACAUUCACCUACCCCCUCGAUAUCGUUCGAACGCGACUCUCGAUUCAGUCGGCCUCAUUCGCAGGCCUAGAAAAGGCAGAAGCUGGAAAGAAGCUACCAGGCAUGUGGCCGACAUUGGUCAGGAUGUACAAGACAGAGGGCGGCUUCUUCGCGCUCUACCGAGGUAUAGUUCCGACGGUUGCUGGUGUUGCGCCAUACGUAAGAGCCUUCUAUCUUUCAGAUGCGAUCGCGGAGCUGACUGGUGCAAGGNUUGGACUGAACUUCAUGGUCUAUGAAUCCGUCCGCAAUUAUUUCACACCAGAAGGUUCGGACAACCCAAGCUCUAUUGGAAAGCUGGGUGCAGGUGCCAUCUCAGGAGCCGUCGCGCAAACAUGCACAUAUCCCUUAUUCCAGAUCAACACCAUGUCAGGCAUGGGUUACCAGUACAAAUCAGUCUUCGAUGCCGUCAGAGUCAUCGUCAAGCACGAAGGUAUUAAGGGCAUGUACAAGGGCAUUGCUCCCAACCUCCUCAAGGUCGCUCCUAGCAUGGCCAGUAGUUGGCUGAGUUUCGAGCUCACGCGUGAUUUCUUCGUUGGUCUGAAACCAGAA